GCAGAGCUCUCCUGCUUUCCUCGAUGACUUCUACAACUCAGGCGUAUCUUUACUCUUGACCGUAAAUAUAAGUAUCGAGCCCAACUCUGGUCUGAUCCUUGACUUAGGCACCUACUUCUGACCAGUAGGCAUGUCCACUCCAACCGCAGACGUCGAGGAAAAGCCCAACGAGCGUUUGAACUCCUGGCGUACCACUAGUUGCGAAACUAUCCGACUACGUCGAGCCCCUGUCACCACCUUGGCCGCGUUUCUUGCGUUUGUCUGGGUAGUACGGGUUUGUCGCCACGGCAUGUGUGUGCACGACCGCGAGCAUGGUAUGUACGAACACGGAGGUGAGGUGAAGUUCAAAGAAUUCGACUGGUAUGAGCUUCAACCCCAAAAUAAUAUCACCUGGACCGACUGCUUCGCAAAUCACAAAUGUGCCCGUCUCAGCCUGCCUCUCGACUACACCACGCCCAACGGCCCAAAGACAGAGAUUGCCCUCCGACUUAUACCCGCCACAGACAUGACCAACUACAAAGGAAGUCUUCUAGUCAACCCUGGAGGGCCUGGCGCGUCUGGUACGGCGUUCGUCGCGAAGUGGGGUGACAAGCUCCAGAAGAUCGUAGGCCCCGAGUUCGACAUCCUCGGUUUUGAUCCUCGAGGGACGGGUGCUAGCACGCCUCAGGCGCAGUGCUUCGACUCGGAACGACAGUAUCAACAGUGGACUCUCCAGUCUUUGUAUCCAUUAGUACGCCCUGAUGACUCUCGUUCACUCGCCACCGCUCGCGGCCGUGAGACUGUCCUUGCAGAGAGAUGUGCUCGGGCGAUUGGAGGCGACGAUAGGAGUGACCUCAACGGCACUGCAGAAGAGUGGGGAAUCGGAAGGUUCAUGAGUACGGCACAUGUUGUAACUGACAUGGUUCACAUCGUGGAGAAAUUAGGACAGGAAAAGUUGCAGUUUUGGGGCUUCAGUUACGGUUCUCUCCUCGGUCAAUAUUUCGCCACAUUAUACCCGGACAAAGUCGGUCGAUUGGCGAUCGACGGAGUCUGGGACGCCACAAAUUAUACCGCAGGCGACUUCGCCACUGGUCUCACCGCGGUCGAAACUGUCAUUCACGCCUUUUAUGAGUUCUGUUACAAAGGAGGUCCUACACGAUGUGCGCUAUACGAGCCAAGUCCUCAAGGAGUCCAGAUACGCGUUGACGCCAUCUUCGCCAGUCUUCGUGGAUCUCCCAUCCCGCUUCCCUUCGCUUCGUCCGGUCCAGCAUUAAUCACGGAGGGCGUCAUGAAGAACAAGCUCUUCUCUUCUCUUUACACCCCCAUCGUCAAAUUCCCCGUCUUCGCAGAGCAGAUGCGAGCCGUAGAGACGCGUAAUCAGACCGCACUCGAGACCAUCGCUGAAGGUGACCUAUCCGUCCAAUGCAACUGCGACGGGAAAGACCUCCCUCCCUGGUCCAUCAGCAACCACGCCAACCAAGCCGUCAUGUGCAGCGACAUGAUUCCCGCCACCGGAGACUACUCCCAAAUCGAAGCUUUCUACACGAACGUAUCCGCCGUCUCCCCCCUGGUCGCACAGAUCUGGCUCCCCGACAUACUCACUCGCAUCGAAUGGUCGAUCGAGACGAAAUGGCGUUACGAGGGUCCAUUCGGCGGAAACACGUCGCACCCGAUUCUCAUCCUCGAGAACACGUACGAUCCGGUGUCCUCACUCGUCGAAGCGAAGGCGGUUGCGGAGAAAUUUGUGGGGGCAGGGUUGUUGGAACAUCAUGCGCAUGGUCAUUGUACAGUUGCGUCGCCGUCGCUAUGUACUGCGAAAGCUGUACGAGCUUACUUUGUUAAUGGGACGUUGCCGGAGCCUGGGACUGUUUGUGAGCCUGAGGAAUUACCGUUCGUUGGGAAGGGAGCUGAGUUGAAGACACUUUCGCGGGAAGAUGCAGAAUUGCUGGAGGCGUUGGAUGCUUUGAAAGAAGCUAUUCCUCACCUUUGAUGAUGCAUGCUAUGGUAAUUGAAGCAUCGCUUGACAGCCUUUAUCCCACCCUCGGUGUCAUUCUUUCGUAUUCUGGAAAAGUUCUGCAAGUUGAAUACCUAUUAUUUGUUGUCGCGAAGUAUGAUGUUUGUCUCAGGCCGAGGUGGAAAAGUUGGCGCUUGCUGGGAAGGGGGUUAGAUGUGUUGUCGGUGGAUCUGAAGCUGCCGGAGGACCCUGAAGGAUACGAUACCUCAAUUUAGGACACGCAAUGCCACGAGGAACGUAUAGGUGG